GAAUCACGUGGCCGUGAGCUCAUCAACAUAGCAGUUGCUUUCUUCAUUUUAGACAUCUGCUUCGUUUGCAUGCGCAUGUGGUCACGCCACAUUCAGCGCACAAGGCUUCGACAUGAUGACUUCCUUGUCCUUGCGGCAUUGACUGUCAUUACUGGAACAUGUGCUACUUCCAUAUAUGCGGUCAAACGAGGCGGCGUUGGACGACACUUGCAAUACGUACCCAAGGAGCAGAGAAUCGAGUGGCUAAAAUCGGUUUACGUUGCCGCGCCAUCACUCUACAUCAUAUCCGCGGUGCUGCCCAAAUUGGCUGUGAUUUCCAUGUAUCUCAAGAUCUUUCAAAGCAAGUUCUCCCGAGCAUGCUGCUGGGUGGUUGUGUUUGUCCUGGUCGCAACACCGCUGGCCUGUGUUCCAGUUAUCAUCUGCCAGUGCCGACCUCUUGAAUACCUUUGGAAUAAGACUAUCCCAGGCGGCCACUGCGUCAAUCAAGCGUUGAUGUUCCGCUACGGAAGUCUUCCAAACAUAAUAACCGACGUUGCUAUGCUACUGCUUCCGAUGCCUUUGGUCUGGAAUCUUCACAGUUCAUCCAAAGUAAAGUUUGGUCUGUUCAUCACCUUUCUGAUAGGGAGCAUCGGUUUGGUCACAUCAAUCAUUCGCUUUGUCGCCUUCUUUACACCAAUUGUCGACGGCACCUGGGCCGCCGUGUCCCUCUUAACCUGGAUCAUCAUCGAACCGAGUAUCUAUCUGUGGGCUGCAUGUAUGCUCGCAUUCAAGCCCCUGCUCCGA